AUGUGGAACAAGUUGUCUGAUGACUUACAUUCACAGACUGUUGCACUAAGAACAACAGAGAGAAAUAUUAGUUCAAUGUAUAUUGUGUGUCGAAGAAUACGAGAUUUAUUAUUAGACAAUGCAAAAGCAAUCGACAAUAGUAUUUAUGCUUCGAAAUCUUUAAAUUCAAUGAGCUAUCAACUAAAUUCAGAUAAAUUAUGGCCGAAUGAUAUUUUCAAGUCGAACAAUCAAUACAAAGAGGUAGAAAGAUUUUCAAAUAGAGGGAGAAUGACUUUCGAUGAUACAGAGGGUUGUACAACAAACAAUCAUGAAGAGGGGAAUAAAGAGAACAUGACGUUGAUUGCUCCACCGUUAUCAUCAUAUUCAACACCAGCAACAACAUCGAUGAAGCCAAUUUAUACAAAGAUGGAUGACAAGCCUUCUACACAAACAAGAAGCAUUUUGACAAAUCGUAACAUUCAAAACAACAGUUACAAUAUUCCAGGAAGAAUGUUAAAAUCCUUCAAUUAUGAAUAA